AUGGGAUCAGAAUGCUUUGUUAAUUUACAAUAUUUGAUUAGAAGGAAAAUUUUACGUAAAGGACCUUUCAAGAAAGUGGCCGACAAAGUCGCAGCUGCUGGAUUCUUUGUGGCCGUUCCUGACUUCUUGAAGGGGGAUCCUUUUGUUCGUGUAGAUACUAAAAGACCUAUGAGUGUUUGGAUUAAAGAUCAUAGCACGGACGAGGGAUUUGAAUUUACCAAAGUAGUGAUUCAGGAUUUGAAAAAUAGAGGCUAUUAUGCAAUAGGUGCUGCAGGCUUUUGUUGGGGUGCCAUGGCUGCAAUUCAACUCGCAAAGUGCGACUCUAUUAAGGCUGCUGCCCUCUUACAUCAAUCUUACGUCACUGUGGAUGACAUCAAAGGUUCAGAUCACUUCCAGGACUUGUCAACCAGACCCAAAGGGAUAUCAUAGAAUGUGAGAAUUUUGUCUUCUGGACAAGUGCACAAAGAAUGAUGAAUUGAAGGAUGGAGCAAGUUUCAUGCAUGGUUUACUUUUGUGUAUCUUGUAAUGUUUUUGUUUUUCAUUUUUGAAGUAAAAAAUGUUCAAGAAACUUUAUUAUGUUAUGCUUUCAAACUUAAGUUAGAACUAAGAUCUCAUGAAGUAGACAUAUUCAUGGUUUGA